CUGAUUCGACGCCAACGUGACUCGAGGCGGUGCGCGCAGGCCCCUUACAUGUGUCGUGUUGCGGUGGCCGCCGGGAUAGUGGAGGGUAGUUUCAGUCCUCCGGCUUCUUCAGUCUUUCCGCUGGCUAACUGGCCGCGUUUUCGCUCGUUCGCUCUCUCCCUCUUUCUCUGUCUCUCCACCCGCUUACGGUUGCUUUGUCGGGGUUUCUGGUGAAAUCUCUGCUGUGUGACAUGGCUCGAUGAUCGAGGAGGGAAUGUGUGCCAGGAAAGAGGCCGGCCUCCUGCUCCUGCCCUUGUUUGAGACUGAGGGACCGUCCCAAGCAGCACUCUCCACUGUACCAGGCUGUCGUGCUGACACUGUGUUACAGAGGAGGAUGGGAAAGAGGCGGUGCCUUCAAGUAGAGCCAACGCUCGAGCAGAAGAUAGCAGCGGGCUGCUGCGGAGUGAAGAAGCCCAAAUUAUCGGGCAGCAAUGUGCACAACCAGCUGAACCACGCUGGCACGGGCCUAGGCUGUGGCUCGGUGCCUGGCCUGCAGUCUGGAACAGCCCUGGGGAAUCACCACAACCACAGCCAGAACCACAACUACAGCCAGAACCAUUGCGAGAGGAACAACCGGGAGAGCAAUGGGAACCUGAACUCCUUGAACUCUGCACUCAGUCCUGUGACUGGGCUGACCACAGUGGGAAACCGUUCGAAUGGAACUGGGCUCAGUGGAACCAGUGGAGUGAAUGUGAGGAACUUGGUGGUGACCGCAGAGAUGUGCUGCUACUGCUUUGAUGUGUUGUACUGUCAUCUGUACGGAUUCCCACUGCCCCGAUCACCCAGGUUCACCAAUGACCCAUACCCAUUGUUUGUAACAUGGAAGAUGGGCCGAGAUAAACGUUUGCGAGGCUGCAUUGGGACCUUCUCUGCCAUGAACCUCCAUUCAGGACUCAGGGAAUACACGCUUACCAGUGCCCUUAAGGACAGCCGCUUCCCCCCGCUGACUCGUGAGGAACUUCCCAAACUCUUCUGCUCUGUUUCGCUGCUGACUAAUUUCGAAGAUGCCAGUGAUUACCUGGACUGGGAGGUGGGAGUACAUGGGAUUCGGAUAGAGUUUGUGAAUGAAAAGGGAGCAAAACGCACUGCAACAUAUUUACCAGAAGUGGCCAAGGAACAGGACUGGGACCAGAUUCAAACCAUAGACUCUCUUCUGCGAAAAGGAGGUUACAAAGCUCCAAUCACAAAUGAAUUCAGGAAAGCAAUCAAGCUCACCAGGUACCGCAGUGAGAAAGUAACAAUCAGCUACACUGAGUACAUGGCAUCUCGACAGCACUAUUUCCAGAAUGGCACUCUCCAUGCCCCACCUCUCUACAAUCAUUACUCCUGACAACAGGCUGCACGACCAAUCACGGGACUCCACCUACGACCUCAUCGGGGGUGAUGCCUCCACUUCCUGGUCUAGUUACUUUUACUACUGCACUAUUUUAUGAUGCUAGCUUCCGUUGCCAAGCAAGCCUUCGGUCAGCGCUACCUCAGACAGACUUGGCAACGGAAUGCUGCAGUGAAACAGUAGAAUAUUGUUGGGGAAUGGGGAGGGAUUUCUAACAAAUCUUGUUUCUGUUUCUAUACUUGUUUACCUAUGUUUGCCUUACUUUGGUAACUUGCAGGACUCCAAAUAUGAACUGCAGGUUUUAGUACUGAAACCAUUGAUGUGUGUAGGGUGCUCAGGCUCUUUGAUAAUGGAUGACGUUUCCACUAAAUUACUAUUUUCAGUCGUGUCUCCCGAUGUCACAGGGCUUACACUUGUCAUGUGAGCCAUAAUUCCUUAAGUGAAAGUAGAGGAAAAUUCCAAAAUCCUACUUAACAAACAUUGAGUUUGACAUUGGUCUGCCAACAUAGUGCAACUGAAAAUAGGGUCAGGACCGAAACGUUUUCCCUUGUUAUUUACAAAGUCUUGUCGUUUCUCCUCCCCCACCCCUGUGACUCAAGUAUUAACUCGAAACAAAUAACAGGAUUUCAAGCUGACACGUUGUGCAUGAUUGCCAAGUGCCCAAUGGCAAGUGAUUAUGUGUCACAUGUCUGCAGGACAUGCAGAAACCAAGUGUAGAUGCUGGAUUUCUCUGCACAUUAUACUAGAGUAUAGCACAGUCUCAAAUCCAGCAGUCACUCUGGCAAUAAUCCAGUUAUCUUUUAAUCAAAGGUAUUGGAGGGGCACUAAAAUCUAAUAAGAUUUUCUUUUUUUUUGGCCUCAUUUGCUACUUGUAUAUCUAUGGCCCAAACGUACACAUUUUGUGAAUGAAAACCCUUUGAUAAAGUGAAUUGUAUUUACUCUGUGUCUCCUGGUCUGUGUAUGACAUUACAUGCCUGUUCUCCAUAGCAUUGCUGUCUUUCCUGAAUGAUCCGGCUCCGAGUGCAGAAAUUUUCUCCUGAUAGACGAUGCUGAUGUGAGUCUAGUGCUGUGUAGUUUGGGACUGUUCACAUUCGGAACUCUGAAACCUGAAUAAAUGGACAAUGCUAGCUCCUCCUAUUGAUGACUUGAGUAAAGGCACUGCCAGUAGCAGUGACGAGAGGAUCCCAGGUUUGAAUCCAAUGCGCCUCAUUGAAUGAUCUAAUGACCAUUCAGUGACCUCCUUUUGCUUUCAGUAGCUCCAAGACUAGGGAAGUGGGGGAAGAAUCAGUCUGUUCUAACUGUUGCUUAUAUCUAGUUGGCCCUUGCUGGUAGAUGCAGUUGUGGUUAUGAACAGAUUAGGACUUGAUCAGGUUUACAUUGAUCAAAUAGCUUCCUGAAGCCAUCUUUUUGAGCUCAGGGAGCAAACAAUGAGUUGGACACAAUAUUGGAAACAGUGCCAAGGUUAACUUAACUAAGCUCAAAUAUUUUAAGUGGUUGGUAACUAUUAAGGAUAUUAUUUCAAAGCAGUGUUCUCUUCAUAGAGUUUUUUUUUGAAAAGACUGCAGUGAGUCACCCUAGUUUUCCCUAAAAGUUAGUCAACUCUAUCUUAACUGAUAGAAGCAAACGAUUGCUUUUAAUCUUGCAAUUUACUGUCCAGAAAGAAAAGCAUGACUAUCGAUCACAAAAACUCCCCACUGACUCUGCUGCAGAAUAAUUUACUGCGUUCAUUGUGGUCAACUUUACCCAAUCCUUCACAUCCGACUGGUCAGUCAUUGCUUCAGUCAUUACACCCUUCCAUUUGUUUAUGGGUGAAAGUUGCUGAACUGUUCCAGCCCCAAAUCCCAAGUGUGACAGAGUCGAGUCAGUAACAACGUGGUCGGAGGUGGCCAGAGAACUGGUGGAGUGUGACUGCUGACAGAUUGUGUGUGUGUGUGUGGGGGGGUGUGUGGUGUGUGGUGUGUGUGUGUGUGUGAGUGUGUGGGUGUGUCAUCUAGAUGAAUAAUUCCUCAUGAGAACACAAAGCAGAAUAUGAUUUAUCAUUAGCCUGGCAAACGUGUGCUCCUGUCCACUGGACAGCAAGGAAAGUCCCAUAAUGUUGAUUCAACAUGUCACCUCCAGUCAGUCUAGCAACAAGAGAAAACAAUUUGGGAACUUGACUAUUCAGUUAGACCUGACUGCACUGUACUUUAAUUCUGUUUACCUGCCUGGUUCCCUAUCUCUUAGUUACUUCAACCAAACAAAAGAAAAAAUGGCCAGAAUCAGUUCUGAAAUUUCCAGCUGACCACCAGCCUCAACAGAAUUUUUGGGUUUUUUUUUGGGUGUGAUUGGAGGACGUGGUAAAUAGUGCUAGGGUAGGGGAAAGAGUUCCAGAUUUCUACUAGCCCUUGAAUGAAGAUUCCUGAUAUCAAAUAUCAAGCUGUAGUAUGAUAAGGAUCUCCUGUUGCUUUCCAUAUGCCUUAUUAAAUCCUUCACUCAUCUUCAUCACUUCAAUUAGAUCACCCCUUAUAUUUCCAUUUUCAACCUGUCCUCGUAUAACCCUUUAAAUUCUCGUAGAAUUUUGGAGAAUCUGCAAUGCAUCCCCUCCAAGGCCAUCCUGAGGCAAAUUGAAUACAGCAGAUGUCUACCCAGAGCUCUACAAUGGUCAAACAUCUUUAUCCCAGCCACUUGGGGAUAAAGGCCAACAUUCCAUUAGCCUUUUCAUAAUUUUGUUUGUACUCGUGCACUAGCUUUAUAUGAUGUGGAUGCUUGAUCCCCUAAAUCAUCACAAAAGCAAAACAUUGCAGAUGCUGGAGAUCUGAAAAUGAAUGACAAAUGCUGGAGAAACUCGGCCAGUCAGGCAGCAUCUGUAAAGAGAAAAAUACUUAGUAUUUCAAGGCCAAUAGGAUCCUCUCAUUUCAGAGAUCCACAGAAGUUAUAUUGGCAUUAAAAAGUUAGCUGUCUUUCUCUUGCUCCCUCUGCUACUUCACUGUUUUGAGUGUCUCUCAAUUCAGAAAAUUGUUGAAUCUACUUAAUGUGGGCUCCAAAGUUUCCCCAUUUGAACGUCUGUAACAGUUUUACCAACUCUGUUAAUCUUUCAAUAUAACAUUGCAGCUGGGGUCUCAAG